AUGCAAGUGCCCGAGCAUUCCGCGGGAGGUUUCGGACCGCUGGAGCGUUCAAAUCCAGCGGCAUAUCGAAAUGAGCAUCCCAUCCAUCCAUUGCGUCGGGAAGAAAGGCUCCAGCUAGAAUUGACCGAGGCGCCAGCGUCUCCCGCCUUUCCAUCGCAUCAAGACCAUAGUAUCGACAUUAGAUCAGGCCAAGAAACCUCCAGCAUCGUGCAGGGUGUGGAUGAGUCGGACAAUGCAUUUUACGACAGACUGGCUUACCAUCAUGCUCCUCAGCUGAAAAACCAAGCUUCGACGGAUCUCACUGUUUCCGAAGGUCGGACGCAAACACACGCCAUUGCGAUCCCCGCCCGCACAAGUGUUCAAACCCAAAGUCGGGGAGUGAGCGUUAAUACCUGUCGUUGGUUGAUAGCAGGUGGCGUUACGCUGGGAAUUGUUGUCAUUGUGGUUUUAGCAUUCCUCUGGGACCACUUUGUAGGAGGUUCUGAUGAUGGUGGAACUGCAGUUGUGUAUUCUGGAGGUAGCUCAGGAUACCGUGGUCGGGGCAAAAUAGGGUAG